UUUGGUCUCAACUCGCGAUUUGAUACAGACUUUCCCAGUGAAUUAAUCGGACGAGUAGCGCCCGAAGAGCUAUCAGAUACUCUUGGACGAAUAAAUAAUGUGCUCAAGCGUCAUGUACAAAUGUCAAGUCGAUGGUUGUUGUGCGGAAAGAUGACUUUUAUUUCUAAUUUGAAUUCCGCGCCAUUUCAGACAGUGACAGCCGUUGAGAAGACGUUGGAUCAUGAGAAUAUAUGUCUCUAUCACAAACUGGGCCUUCACUGGCGUCUAGUGAAGCGCCCAGUUGAUGGCUCAAGGCUGACGGAAUACGUGUUGGAACUGCAAACACUUCCCAAGGUUCAACUAAUGUUACCGGAUUGA